AUGGAUCAGAGCAGCUCUUCUCCCAAGCCUCCGUCCCCAGGUGGCAGCGACGUCGCGUCCCCUCCGCCUGCCCCUCCGCCGCUCAAGCCCAAACCUCGUUCUGCGGUGCCGCCUUAUCUGCUAAACGGCUCGUCCCCCCUAAAGAGCUCGCAGCCCACCAAAACUCGUGCCCAGGAGCGCGAGAACCUCCAUACCUCCAUACAGUCGACCUACGGGCGACGGAAGACGAUAGACCUCACCGCAGAGGCACAGACCACACAACAAGCCACUAUGCCCGCGGGCACAUCGUGGCUGGGGUUGGAGAACGCGGCAAAACAUCAGGAACGAGAACAACAAGAUUCAAAGCGUCCGUCACAAUUACAUACGCCCGCUCGGGAUGAGAGAGACGAAGCCCCGCCCACGCCGCCGGCCUCGACACUCUCUCGCCCGGCCAGCCCUUACACCCAGAACCCGGCUAUCGACUUUGACGGUCUGUCCUGGCCGUGCAUCGGCACGCGACAACGCCUAGAACAAAGCCCCGAGGAAGCCCAGGUCCGAUUGGACAAGCUGGCCGACGCGGUGCGGACCAUAUUCGAGUGUAUAGGAGAAGAUCCCGACCGCGAGGGGCUGAGGGACACCCCGCAGCGAUACGCCAAGGCGCUGAUGUACUUCACCAAGGGGUACGAGGAGAAUGUGCGAGAUCUGGUGAACGGUGCUGUAUUUCACGAAGAUCACGACGAACUGGUCAUUGUCAAGGAUAUCGAGGUGUUCAGUCUUUGUGAACAUCACAUGGUUCCUUUCAUCGGGAAAAUGCACAUAGGGUAUAUUCCCAACCGACGCGUGCUGGGUCUGUCGAAACUGGCGAGGCUGGCUGAGAUGUUCUCAAGAAGACUGCAAGUGCAGGAACGCCUGACCAAGCAAGUCGCCUUGGCUAUCGCCGAGGUGCUGAAACCGCAAGGUGUUGCGGUGGUGAUGGAAUCAAGCCAUUUGUGCAUGGUCAUGCGAGGCGUCCAGAAGACGUCCAGCAGCACGACCACCAGCUGCAUGCUUGGCGCGAUGAGGAGUUCCGCAAAGACAAGGGAGGAGUUCUUGAGCUUGUUGAAUCGAGGCAAGUAG